AUGCUCGCAAACAGCGCGAAAAGUCAAAAAUUUUCCGUCGAUGUCAGCGAUCCGAUGACUAUGAUUUUUGCGUGAGUAGAUUCCUGGGCAUCUUGCUAGUUUUGAAUGUGCACAUUUCUUGAGGAAACUUCAAAAAAUCGUCUUUUCGUCUUCGAAAACUUAAUAUGUCUCAGGUUCACGGUGUCGAAUCCGAUCUUCUGGUCCUUGCUUAUCCUCGUCUCGUUCAGUAUUGCUUCCUUAGUGAUCACGUGUAAAUUGUAUAACGCAACUCGUUAUGAGUUGAAUAAUAGACUUGAUUUCGCCGUGUGGAAGGUUGUGGUAGCCUGUGAACCUUGAAAACUGAGAGAUUUUUGAGAUUGAUCAACUUUCGGAGAGAGUGCGUAUACAAGAACCAAACUUGAACUUAAUUGAACAGGUUGAAAGAAAAAGGGAAUUUAAAAAAAAGAAUUCAUUCAGGUUUCAAAGAAGUUGAAAUUGCGGUUCGAUGAAGUCAAUGACGCCACAAAACGCAUCGAGCUUCUGAUGGACGGUUCCAGAAGUAGGCAUUCUUCGCAAUUUGAAACAAUUGGAAAAAAAAACUCAUGAGUUAAAAAUCUAAAAACCGAAGACUUUUUGUAAAGUGAGCUCCGAAAAAAAAAACAUUUUCGUCGUGCUUAAAUGCGCUCUCAAUUUCAGAUUGGGUAUGAGCAAAAAAGAAAUUUCGCAACUAAUCUCGAUGCUCAAUCGAAGAUAUACACCAGAUGAUAAUGACUGAAAAGCUAUUUUUUGACUGGAAAACUUAAAUUCAAAAACAAGAAUUGAAUUUGAAGUGCAAACAAUGGGUGAAACGCACCUUCUUCGUGAGCAUCUUGAGAACGAAAAGAAAGCUCGGGAGGCCAACGAGAAACUGGCGGUGACCGAACUUCUUGGGCAGGACCGACUGCCUGAAACGUAAAUCCUAUACACCAUUCUUUAAUUGUUUUUUUUCUGGCCUGUCAACCAGAUCAAUAGACGGGAAAAGCUGACCGAAGAGAAGCCGCUCGAUCUGAGGCAAAUUACCAAACGCGUCAUUUUGGUGAGGAAACUCGAAUUGAAUUCCAAAGUGGCAACCUUUCUUUUUCAGGAAACAAAAGACCUGGUCAAAAUGGAAAAACCUAGCAGUGACAAGAAAGAUAAGAAGGACCUUCCGAAAAAUCGAAGUCUUUCCCUGCAACUCCGCAAAACACAGCCCAGCUCUCUUGGCGACGAUUGA